UAUAAUACAGGGAAAACAAAUAAAACUGCAAUCGAAUCUGACCCAAAAACAGAAAUCAUGGAAGAACUCAGCUAGUCAAGCAGCACCUGUGGAAAGAGGAAUUUUAGUGUUAGUUCCACAACUUGGAAAUAGGCCCAUCCGUCCACUAAGUCCACGCCGACCAUCCAUCACUCGUUCAAACUAUUUCUAUGUUAUCCCACUUUCGCAUCCACUUACUACACACUGGGGGGCAAUUUACAGACCCCAAUUAACCUAAUGCACGUCUUUGGGAUGUGGGAGGAACCCAAUGGAAACCCGCAGGGAGAACGUGUAAACUCCACACAGGCUGCACCUGACGUCAGGAUUGAAUCUGGUUCUCUGGUGUUGUGAGACACUGUGCUGCCCGUGCCUGACCAUGCUUUUGCAAGAAUGUCAUUAACCUCUACCAGCUGCUCCAUAUUUGGGUCCAUUACCCUUCCAAAGAAAUGGGGAAGAGUGGACCGUUGACAGUUUCAAAGCAAUGUUGGAGGAGGACUGAAGUGUAAGACAACCAUAUAACCAUAUAACAAUUGCAGCACGGAAACAGGCCAUCUCGACCCUUCUAGUCCGUGCCGAACACAUAAUCUCCCCUAGUCCCAUAUACCUGCGCUCAGACCAUAACCCUCCAUUCCCUUCCCAUCCAUAUAACUAUCCAAUUUAUUUUUAAAUGAUAAAAACGAACCUGCCUCCACCACCUUCACUGGAAGCUCAUUCCACACAGCUACCACUCUCUGAGUAAAGAAGUUCCCCCUCAUGUUACCCCUAAACUUCAGUCCCUUAAUUGUCAUGUCAUGUCCCCUUGUUUGAAUCUUCCCUACUCUCAGUGGGAAAAGCUUUUCCACGUCAACUCUGUCUAUCCCUCUCAUCAUUUUAAAAACCUCUAUCAAGUCCCCCCUUAACCUUCUGCGCUCCAAAGAAUAAAGCCCUAACUUGUUCAACCUUUCUCUGUAACUUAGUUGCUGAAACCCAGGCAACAUUCUAGUAAAUCUCCUCUGUACUCUCUCUAUUUUGUUGAUAUCCUUCCUAUAAUUAGGCGACCAAAAUUGUACACCAUACUCCAGAAUUGGCCUCACCAAUGCCUUGUACAAUUUUAACAUUACAUCCCAACUUCUAUACUCAAUGCUCUGAUUUAUAAAGGCCAGCACACCAAAAGCUUUCUUUACCACCCUAUCUACAUGAGAUUCCACUUUCAGGGAACUGUGCACAGUUAUUCCCAGAUCCCUCUGUUCACCUACAUUCUUCAAUUCCCUACCAUUUACCAUGUACGUCCUAUUUUGAUUUGUCCUGCCAAGAUGUAGCACCUCACACUUAUCAGCAUUAAACUCCAUCUGCCAUCUUUCAGCCCACUCUUCCAACUGGCAUAAAUCUCUCUGUAGACUUUGAAACUCUACUUCAUUACCCGCAACCCCACCUAUCUUAGUAUCAACAAAGACUGCAUGGAGAUAGACAGUUAAAGUGGCACAGACCAUGAGUGCUGGUCAUUGUCAAGGAACGGAUUGGGUAAAGGACAUACAAUUAUAAUGGAAGAGAUGGGAAUUUGCCUUAAGUUGGGCAAUUCAUUGUUCAUUCCAGACAGUUGCGACGUGCCAAGACGGGAGAUAAGAUGUUGUUCCUCUCGUCUAUGUUGGGUCUCGCCAUGACAGAUAGGAGUGGGAUUGAGAAUUAAAUGGGAUGCAAACAGGAAUCUCCGGAUUACCCCUACAGACCAAGCACAGGUGCUCUGUAAAGCGAUCAUCUACACUUGAUUUCUCAAUUGUAGGGAAGAUGACAUCGUGAAGACAAAUGUUAUGGACUAGAUUAGAAGAAGUGCAAGUGCAUUGCUGUUUCACCUGGAAUUAUUGUUUUGAUCCCAGGAUGGUGGAAUUGGAAGAGGAGAACGGACAGGUGUUGCAUCCCCUCCAGUUUUAUGGGAAGGUGCCAUGGUUUGGGGAGAGUGGACAGGGAGUCACGAGUGAGCAGACCCUGUGAAAUGCAGAGAGGGGAGGAAUAGGGAAGAUGUGUUGGGAUCAUGUCGGUGGUGGCCAUAUAAUGUAUGAUUCUUCAAAAUUACAAAAGAGUUAAUGAUUAAUUCACUACACAAAUGAUUUUGUUCUGAACUUAACUUUUCUGUAGGUUUGUGGGGUUGAAUGCUCCUGUACUUUCUUCACCAUUCUGCAAAUGAAAAAAUCCAUUACUUUUUGAAGUGCGAUUAAACUGGUUAGCAUUUUGUAUACCACAGGUCCAAUUUCAAUUAAGUAGAUCACUUUCUUCAUUGCUUGAAUUACUUUGUCGAGUACUUAAGCCUUUCCUGUACUUCCAUCCGAAUCUAGAAAACCAUUAAAACCAUCUCCAUGCACGCUAUAAAUGAAGAAAGAAAUCUAAAUCCUCAUUAAAAGUUCCUUGCCUUUUAUUAUUGAGAAAGAAAAAUAGCUAUUUUGUUUUCUUAUUCCGAUCUCAUCGACACCAAAAGUGAUGACGUGGCAUGCAAGUGUUUCCUGCUGUUUCAGGAACUGUUCUUCAAUGACCCUCUGAACUGCCAGCCCUGUCUCUUUGACUGUAAUUCCUGCAAGAACUGCCAGGAGCCCUGUAAACUGCUUUACUGUUUUGGACCAUAGUUCCCUCCCCUCCCCUUCCAUGUGGCAAUGAUGGUAGUAUGUGGUCAGGGUGAGGUGCGCUGUUAGCUGUUGAUCUCUAUGUUGUCAUCUUUGCUGUGCCUCAAAGCUAUGCUUCCGUAACAGUAAGUGAAUGUAACAAGUUCUAAGUUAAUUAGUGCCACAGUUAGUUCGACGUCUACUGUGAGGCACCAGAAAAAGCAAGGUUUAUAAAAGAAAGGGUUCUGUUACUGUUCAAAUGAUUAUAAUUCUUAUCCAAAUGAUGCUUACUCUGGCAAAGGCAGUGGUGGUUAAUGUUAGAAUAUGUAUCAACAGAAUGAUGGCACAGUAUCAUUAGCCGAGACGUGAAUCCUGAUGAUCAUUUUCUGGCUAAUAAUUUUGUUGCCAGUUUGUAUGUGUAUAUCUACUUCUUCUUCUUGUUCUUGCGUAUGGCGUGCACAGCCUAAAGUUGUAUGACAACUUGUUCUAUUUGAUCUUAUUUGAUUGUGCACGCCGGGGUUGAUUGCAUUCGUCGGAACAGGGCGGGCCACGUGAAGGUUGCAAUCUCCCACCCCUGUAUAUCUACUUAAUUGUACAAAAAAUUGAUUUGGAUGAAUUAGUUCGGAAUGAAUGCCAAAAGUUUGCAAGUGUAAACAUGCCUUCAAUUAGUGGGUGGAUAACACUUGCCAAGUCACAAGGUAGCACGGUAUGAAAUGGAAUUUGACACAAGUGAUUCUGGCUUGCAUUGUUCUGUGCCCCUGUGGGACUGUAUGGGUCAUGGAUCCAUGGUGUUAGAGGGUUCAAAAUAGUCUGUUCUGUUUUGUUUUAUGAACCGUUAACCUCCUCCUAGUAUGUCACCCAGAAAAUCAACUAACAUGGCUGUACUAAUCUGGAGAAGUAAUCAGUUCUUUUGAAGUAGAGCCUGCUGGUACAUCUGUUGCCAACUGCAGAUAAUCCUUCGAUAAAUAGACCUCAAGAGCAUGGACAUUUGUAAGAGCUAAGGAAGAGAAAGCUGCUAAGGUUCCCCAUUCACAGUUUCCUCCACCACCAGAAAACAAUAUUCUAAUGGGCCUGUCCCACUUGGGUGAUUUUUUGGGCGACUACAGGUGACUGCCGCAAAAUUUUCAACUUAUUGAAAAAUUUUUGGCGACAAUUUUUGCUGUCGUAGCUUGAUGUCGUAGGUUGCCAUAGGUGUCGUAGGUUGCCGCCAGGUGUCAUAGGUGAAUUCCAUUAAAACUAGUUCCUGGCAGCCGCCUAAAGAGUCGCCUAAGUGGGGCAAGCCCAUAACAGGAUGUGAAUCAGUAUUCAACUUGCUAUGCUGCUGAGAAUCACAGUCGGAAUACCUGAGUUUCACUUCCAAUGAUAUGAAAGGAAUUUAUACAGAGGUGGGUUCUAGACCGUACUCCCUUGGUAACUGAUGUGAACAAAAGUUUGAAAUGAAAUUUGUUACUAAACAUAAAAAUGUUUUAUGUCAAUAAUUUCUCAAAUUGGGUAAUGUUUUCAUUUAAUUAUCUGAAUGCCCCUGAAGAUUAAAUAACUGGCUGUGAGUCUCCUUGUGGCCUCGUGUUGAAACGUGCCAUGCUGUUUCUAAUGAUGUGUGGACUUGGACAGGAUUCAAUUGCAUCAAAAGAAAGUUAACCACUCCUCUAUCAUCAUCAUUAAAGUCGGCUUAUUUUGCCGGAGCCUUUCAAAAUUUUCCGAAAUGUUCAGCAGCACAAACUAAUGGAAUGGUAAAAGGUAGGGACACGAUCAGUGGAGAUUACUGAACUCCUCAAGCCCAUCUCUUAAAAGAUGUCAGCUUGAAUUCCAAACUCUCAGAUGGUGGUGACGAGAAUACACGGUUCACUUCACAAGGCAGAAGAUUGAACUAUUUUACAGUCCCACAGAUGAAUAGAUACAUCACAUAACAAAGUACCAUCAAACAGUGCGUACAUCAUGCCGAUCGGAGCUGCUGGAGUUUGGGCCAACAUCUGAACCCCCUGAGUGAGAUCUCAACUGUGCACCAACUCCCAACCAUUCAUUAUCUAUAUAUAAAGCACAUCUAAGCUACUUAAUUAGGGCAUUCAUUGCCUUUUAAGAACUCCCAAAUAUUCUUUACUCUGGAUUCCACACCGGCUGCUCUAUUGAACCAAGUAGACGCCCACAGUGAACCGACAAACUGAAUGAAAAGAUUCUUAAUGCCACAUUAACGCUUCCUGGACUUGAAUAAUCACAAAAAUCAAGAGUUGCACACUUUUUCACGUGAUUGUAUUUUCCCCGACAAUGAGAGGUGUGAGACGACACAGGAAGAUAGCAUUUUUAUGUGCCUGCUUUCUUGGAUCUGUGUCUCUUUUGCUUUGUACGAUGCAAGCGCAGGAUAUCAACGCAGUGGCCAUGGACAACAAGAUGCACAUUCAGGCUGAUGAGCAGCUUCAUACAAGAGCAAACAGGCUGAUGGGCAGGAGUGCCCGUCACAGCAGUUUCCAGCACCGGAGACUCUACAAGUCAGGGCACUUUGCGGAAUCUGUGCAAAUCAUUGAAUCAAACCUACAUCACAAGAUUAAGAAUGUACGCCCUGUUAGAAAGCCUAAAGGCAUUGGCAGCGUGAAAUGGUUGGGAGAGGACAAUGAAAUCAUAGAGGAUGCAAAACAUGGUCUGGAUAAGCGGACUGGUCAGAAACCAGCAAGAAGCAAAGGUGCAGCAUCACAGAUAAAUCUCAAUGGGAAGAAGAGAAAGAAACCAACAAAAACUAGCGAGGACUGCCUCUGGUUUGAUGGAUUCCAUUCCACUGAUUUCUUGCAUGGAGCUGAUUCAAGCAAACCUCUCACCUGGUUCAGUCAAAGGGACCGAGAGCUGGUGAAGCUCCUGGCUGGAGGAAUUGUCCUAAAGGCUGGGCACCACACUCGGGGAGAGGAGACGGUCCGUGUGCUGCUGAGUAUUAAUAAUUCUCUCGCUGUAGAGAGCAGCAGAGAGCAGUGUCGAGCGGGAGCCUGCGGAUUAGUGAAGGAGUUGAGUGACCUGUGGGAAGUCCCUGCAUUUCACCUGGACCGGAUCCUGGGCCUCAACAUCAGCCAGCCGGUGGUGGCACGGCGGUUGAGGUCCCGCCUGCUGCCGCAACAAUACGUAGAUGGUUCAGCGAAGCCCAUGGUGUUGUGGGAGCCAUGGACGCCAAUACUUCAAGGCACUGUCCCACAGCAGGAUGCCUUCCACAUGGCCCAGUUCCCCAGUGUCUUCAGGAAGUGCCGAGAGGGGGCAAGCGAAGUGUGUGUCCGGGACAACAGCCCAGAGCUGCAGAAGAUGAAACUGUUGAAUUAUUUUUUCCAGGAUGUGGAGAUCAUUCUAGCCAGCUUCAACAAAGGGAAGGAGAAGCACACAGUUACUUUCGGAGAUUUGGAUUGGAUACCUCCCAGAACUCUGAAGAUCAUCUCGUCACAGUGCCUGUCCGAAAUGCUCCUGCGUUCCUUGUACGAAGAUCAGGAAUAUUGGCAGAGUAAAGGGACAGUCUCCCUUUUGAAGCUGGUGGACAGAAUUAGUAAAAGAGCGCAGGUUUUAUUGCAGCAUUCUACUGACAAACACGUGCAGCAUAGGAGACCAGACAUGUGAAAUGAAAAUAUUGUCUGAACUUGAAAUGACCAACCAACAGGGCGGCACUGUGGCACAGUGAUAGGGUUGCUGCAUUGCAGCGCCUGGGACCCGGGUUCGAUCCUGACUACGGGUACUGUCUGUACAUAGUUUGUCACUCUCCCCAUGACUGUGUGGGUUUCCCCCGGGUGCUCCGAUUCCUCCCACACUCCAAAGGCGCACAGGUCUGUAGGCUAAUUGGCUUCGGUAAAGAUUGUAAAUUGGCCCUAACGUGUAGGUCUGUGCUAGUUUACGGGGAUCGCUGGUCGGCGCGGACUCAGUGGGCCGAAGGGCGUGGUUCCGUGUUAUAUUUCUAAACUAAACCAAACCAAACAGUUAAUUUCAUAUACAGACCUCCCCGACCUACACUAUAGACGACUUGUGUAAGCUCACACUUAUCGUAAAAAGUUCUGUACACACUCCCUAGUACAAUAACGGCAGUUUAUAAUUUCCACUACAACGAACGAUCACUCAAGUUUACAUCGGAAAUAAGCCAGUAAUGGCGGCAGUGCUUACCCAGAAGGCAGCGCUCCGCAGAAAGUGCCCCAGUUGCAGCCAGACGCUGUUGAGAGUUAAUGCUCUCAGUUGGCUAUUUUGGGCAGGGGAUGAGGAUGGUGAUUUCAGCUUAUGUUAAAUCUGGCUUCACGGAACGUAACCCUUACACAAGUCGAGGAGUGCCUGAAUACUGUUUGACCCAAUAAUUCACCCGAGUGAAUGAAUAUGGACAGUAAGGAGAGCAGGAUACAUUGUGAAUAUUAUCAUUGAUCACAUAAUGUAGCUGCCUCAUCAUACCGUUCUGGCACUGCCAUCAAUGGUGAUUGGCCUUGUUUGAACAGCGAGCUAUUCCAAUACAAUUACAGCACUGGCAUGUACCUGACUACAUGGCAAAUUUCCCAGCUAUGCCCUGUUCACAAAAAGCAGGACAAAUCCUAUCCCAAUAAUAACUGCCAACACGUCUCGUUCUCAGUCUUCAGUGACUUUGCAGUCGACAAAGAGCUGAGAAGCGACCUCUGAUCCCCAACACCCCGCUCACCAGUACAUGGUUUAGGUGCCACCAGGUCUACUCAACUCAUAGCACUGGUUGAAACACGGAUGAAUGGGCUGAACUCCAGCAGUGAAGUAAUGGUCUUGAUGUCAAGGCAGUGUUCAGAGGUGUGGUGAAUCUGUGGAAUUCUUUGCCACGGAAGGCUGUAGAGGCCAAGUCAAUGGAUAUUUUUAAGGCAGAGAUUGAUAGAUUCUUGAUUAGUACAUGUGUCGGAGGUUAUGGGGAGAAGGCAGGAGAAUGGGGUUAGGAUGGAGAGACAGAUCAGCCAUGAUUGAAUGGCGGAGUAGGUCCGAGUGGCCUAAACCUACUCCUAUCACUUAUGAUUUAUGACCUUAUGAGUGUGGUAUCAAGAAAUCCACAUAAAGCUAAAGUCAUGGCCAUUCAAUGGGAAAACAUUUGUGACUGGAGUUUAGUUUAGUUUAGAGAUACAGCGUGGAAAUAGGCCCUUAGGCCCACCAAGUCCACACCGACCAUCGAUCAUCCGUUCACACUCGUUCUGUCUUAUCCCGCUUUCUCAUCCACUCCCUAAACAUUAAGGGCAGUUUACAGAGGCCCAAUAACCUACAAACCCGCAUUCCUUUGGGAUGUGGGAGGAAACCUAAGCACGCAGAGGAAACCCACGUGGUCACAGGGAGAACGUGCAAACUCCACACAGACAGCACCCGAGGUCAGGAUCGAACCCGGGUCCCUGGCGCAGUAAGGCAGCAACUCUGCUGCUGCAUCACCGUGCUGCCCCAAACAUCUGCCCAUACUCUUUGCCUAUUGAUGCUCCAGCUACAGAAAAACGGCAGUAACCGGGCACCGUUAGGAUCUUGGUGCUGGAAAAGCUGAUUCUGUUUCUCACUAGUUACAUUUUUAACAACUUUGAACUUGAAUCAUACACAAUGGUACCAGAAACGCGGGACUCUUGUCGAAAAUAAAGUACCAUUGAAUACGUUGUCGUAUAAUACAUUUUCCAGUGAUCCUGGUGGGUUUAAAGGUACUGCGGGUGUUUAAAAGCGGAGGGAGCUGGAUGAGCCGUGGUGUGGUGUUAUUGAAAUGUUACUACAGUUCCUCUGUAGUUUAACAUUCAGAGGCAGUCACCCAUAUUAUUUUAGUAAUAUGCAAACACAUCUUCUCUGUUCCUUUUAUCUAGUUGUUACGGAAAAUACACUACUGCAGUUAGUUAGCAGUGCAAGUGAACUUUGAAUCACCCUCGUUUGAUGUUUAACAAAUAGAUACAUAGCCUUUAAUAUUUAAAAAAGGAGAGAAAAUGCCAGUCUGAUUUGUAAAUGACUCUGAUUGACUAAACUAAUGUGAACAAUUACGGUCUUGAAGUUUCAUGCUCUUUGGCAGCAGAGUAAUACUUCAUCUGUUACUGGGCGUAAUAAAAAUGAGCAAAAUAUGAAAA